AUGCUGAUCUACAAGGAUGUUAUCACCGGAGACGAGAUGAUCUCGGACUCUUACGACCUCAAGCUCGUUGACGGUGUUGUCUACGAGGCCGACUGCGCCCGUAUCACCAUCGGUGCCGACAACAUCGAUAUCGGUGCCAACCCCUCCGCCGAGGAUGGCGGUGACGAGGGUGCCGACGACCAGACUCAGUCUGUCAUUGACAUUGUCCACUCUUUCCGCCUCAACGAGACCUCCUUCGACAAGAAGUCCUACCUCGGCCACCUCAAGCAGUACAUGAAGAAGGUCAAGGAGUCCAUGAAGGCCAACGGUGCCUCUGACGACGAGAUCAAGGAGUUCGAGACUGGUGCCUCCACCUUCGCCAAGAAGGUUGUCGGCUCCUUCAAGGACUGGGAGUUCUUCACUGGCGAGUCCAUGGACCCCGACGGCAUGGUCGCUCUCCUCAACUACCGCGAAGAUGGCACCACCCCGUACAUCCACGGUCUUUCGGAGAUGAAGGUUUAA